GACGCCUUUUCCCUCCUUGUUCAGAUUCAAUUCAGUCAAAUCACAGCGACCUGGCAGCUGGAGGUCCGUGCUUCUGUUUACAGCGCCUGGAGUGGAGCUGCGACAGAUAACCGCUUCUCCAACCACUUUACUUAACGUUUCGGUUUAAAAAAGCAACUGUUGCUGUUAGAAGAAUAAAACAGAAAUGGACGAAAAGACGUUUACGAAGGAGCUUGAUCAGUGGAUCGAGCAGCUGAACGAAUGCAAGCAGCUGUCCGAGGGACAAGUGAAGACACUUUGCGAAAAGGCGAAGGAGAUCCUGACCAAAGAGUCGAACGUCCAGGAGGUGCGAUGCCCGGUGACGGUGUGUGGCGACGUUCAUGGCCAGUUCCACGACCUGAUGGAACUGUUCAAGAUCGGAGGGAAGUCCCCCGACACCAACUACCUGUUCAUGGGCGACUACGUGGACAGAGGAUACUACUCCGUAGAAACUGUCACUCUGCUUGUAGCUCUUAAGGUACGUUUCCGGGAGCGAAUAACGAUCCUCAGGGGAAACCACGAGAGCAGACAGAUCACGCAGGUCUACGGUUUCUACGAUGAGUGCUUAAGGAAAUACGGGAACGCCAACGUGUGGAAGUACUUCACCGACCUGUUCGACUACCUGCCGCUCACCGCAUUGGUAGACUCUCAGAUUUUCUGCCUUCAUGGAGGCCUGUCGCCAUCUAUAGACACCCUGGACCACAUCAGGGCUCUGGACCGUCUACAGGAAGUACCACAUGAGGGCCCCAUGUGCGACCUGCUGUGGUCGGAUCCGGACGACCGCGGCGGCUGGGGCAUCUCCCCCCGCGGCGCCGGCUACACCUUCGGCCAGGACAUCUCAGAGACGUUCAACCACGCAAACCGCCUCACGCUGGUGUCCCGAGCCCACCAGCUCGUCAUGGAGGGAUACAACUGGUGCCAUGAGAGGAACGUGGUGACGAUUUUUAGCGCCCCCAACUACUGCUAUCGCUGCGGCAACCAGGCGGCCAUCAUGGAGUUGGACGACACUCUCAAAUACUCCUUCUUGCAGUUCGAUCCGGCGCCUCGCAGAGGAGAGCCACACGUAACCCGCCGCACCCCAGACUACUUCCUGUGAACCUCGACCUCUCCUAGCGACCCGUGUACAGCCGAGUCCAGCCGUUAAACGACUCUGAACCAAUACCGACACGAAUGAGGAACAGAAAACUGGGAAACACAGCAGUGCACGUUGAACAUCCACACAGCGACGAGGCGGAUGGACCAAACGGUGUGUGCCAUAAUCACUGCGAUGUUCGCUGCUGACGACGAAACCGUGAAGCUCCUCGUUCUGUACAUCUGCAGCUGCUCGAGUCCCAUCAGCUUUAGUUCAGCAGAUCUCAACAUAUGUUUGCACUUUUGUACAUUUAAAUACAUUUGACAUUUGUAUUAUAUGUUUAAAAAACACAGAUUAUAAAUAUGACUUUUUUUCCCUUCCUGUUUUUUUUAUUGUAAAGAAAACUAAAGCUUUACACAAAGUACAGUUUUCCCCUGUAACUUAUAAAAAAUCCGCAUCAACUCACCGACUCCCUUCCUUUCUGUAUUUUAACUAAGCAGUUAGAAUAAUAAAGAUGGCUUCUGGGU